CCAUUCUCUAGCCUGCCGCCGCGCGGAACACAUCUUGAGAAGAUGCUGGACAAACGAGUCCUGCUCGUGUUGGCUUCGUGCGUGUGCUCGUUGCUAACGUACUCUUUUCGUGAUGCAGGGCACCUCGCAGAAAGCCAGUCCGUGUUGGACCCGGACGGCCAGCUGGUGCUGAAAUGGCGCGUAGACUACGCGAACCGAAGGGUUCAAUUCCAGUUGCUGGUGUCCGAGUCAGCACCCGUCUUCAAAUGGUUGGCGCUCGGCUUCUCCGACAGAGGGGACCUGAAGAAUUCAGAUGUGUGUGUGCUGUGGACUGAUUAUAACGGCUCUGAGCACUUCGAGGACAUGCACGCUGACGGCUCCGGGCGGCUGCUCCGUGACCCGCGGCAGGACUGUGAGGGAUUCCACCUCGACGGCCGAACGCGCACCAUCCUCUUUGAACGCCCCUUCGACACCUGCGAUGAUCAUGAUUACGUCAUAGAGGAAGGCACAGUCCACGUGGUCUGGGCUAGGGGCACCGACAAACUUUUCUCAUCCCAAGGGCUCUGCUUGACUUGCACCUCGACAAAAAACCAUGGCUUCAUCAGAGUACGGCUCAUGACUCCUGUGAACUCACCCAAACCUGAGGGAACCCAGUACCACGUCACCAAUAAAGACCUUAAGGUUCCAAGCCGUGACACUACUUAUUGGUGCAAAGUGUUCAAGUUGCCUGAUUUCAUUACUGAGAAGGUUCAUCAUAUUACACAGUUUCAAUCGAUUAUAACUCGAGGAAAUGAAGGCUUGGUGCACCACAUGGAAGUUUUUUACUGUGACGUGGAUCCUAAGAACGAGGUCCCGUUAUACGAGGGUGAUUGCUUUGCUCCGGAUAGACCUGAGAUUACCAAAAAAUGUUCUAAGGUAAAAGCGGCAUGGGCGAUGGGCGCUCGUCCGUUUACGUACCCUGAUGAUGCCGGUCUACCGCUUGGUGGGUCUCAGGCAAGCAAGUUCGUCAUGCUAGAGGUGCACUACAACAACCCUGAAUUAAGAAAAGACUGGGUGGAUAGUUCCGGCAUCAUGCUCUACGUGACCUCCAAUCGGCGGAAAUACGAUGCGGCGAUCAUGGAACUGGGCCUCGAAUAUACGGACAAAAUGGCAAUUCCACCAGGCCAGGACGCCUUCCCGCUAACCGGUUACUGUGUGCCGCAGUGCACAGGCGUUGGUCUGCCGGCGGAAGGCAUCGUCGUCUUUGGCAGUCAGUUACAUACGCACUUGACGGGUGUGGCGGUCUGGACAAGGCAUUCUCGGCGCGGCGUCGAGCUGCCAGUGCUGAACCGUGACAUGCAUUAUUCCACGCAUUUCCAGGAGAUCAGGCUGCUGCACAAACCUGUUAAAGUACUGCCGGGUGACUACUUGGAAACAACCUGCAUCUACCGCACGUUGGACCGCCCUAACGCCACAAUCGGAGGCCAUGCCAUAACGGACGAGAUGUGCGUGAACUACAUCCACUACUACCCCGCCACCACGCUCGAGGUCUGCAAGAGCGCCGUCUCUAACGCCGCCCUGGAGAGCUUCUUUAAUUUUGAGAGGAACUGGGACAACAUGUCAAUCUCCAAGUCUUCACCACCUCGCCAGAGCUACUUGUCCAUAGACCCGUGGAGCCCGCUACGAGUAAACUCAUUACACACGCUUUAUACAGAGUCGCCGAUAUCAAUGCAGUGCAACCAGUCCGAUGGGCACCGUUUCCAGGGUGACUGGGAAGGUUUGCCUAUCCCCAGAAUCAAGCUUCCCCUUCCAGCCGAACGACGUGUUUGUCCUAACACCCACAAUGGAAUCCAGUUUAAAAAAUAGAUAAAUAAAAACAUUACCAAUCAA